CUUUCUGGAUAUCAUUUCUUUUUCAUCUUUCAGGGUGUGGUUUCAAUUCGAGCAUAUAUACCUGAUGCUGUGUGGUAUGAGUAUGAUACGGGAGCAAAAAUCUCAGUAAGAAAAGAAUGGACUGAUAUGUACCUGCCAGCAGACAAAAUGGGACUCCGUUUGCGAGGAGGCUACGUCUACCCUACUCAACAACCAGCUAACACAACAGUUGCCAGCCGCAAGAAUCCAAUGGGACUUAUAAUUGCUCUGGAUGACAAUAAUGCUGCUUCUGGGAACUUGUUCUGGGAUGAUGGAGAAUCUACAGGUACAAUUGACAUUGAAGCCUACAUUUACUAUGAGGUCACAAUUUCCAAUAGGCAAUAUCUUGUUUCCUGUAAGUCAACAUCUGAGGAGACUUCCAAGAACAUGCUGUAUAUAAGAUACAUCCUGUUAUCCAAUCUCUACAUAUUAAUGCAUGACACCCAUGCCUAUCUGUGGCAGCACAACGAUCUGCCCUAUGCUCCAUGA